AUGCCUUUCGUUACUACCCUAUCCCAAUACAAACUACGCCCUACACUCUCCCGCACGCGCCUAACAAUUCUCGUUCAAUCUGGUUCCUCUUCAAAAUCCCUGUCAGGAGCUUCUUUGACUGUACGACGGCUCUUCGGCCAGCUUCUCAGAGUCAGGAAAAAUCUUGUUUCCUGUACUGUUCUCUUCGGUAUGACAAUCAAAGAUUCAUGGGAGACGCGAAAUGGUAAGGAAGAGCACAGGGUCAUCGACAUGCAUGCCCUUGAAAACAGGCCGAAAGGUUACAAGGAGAAAGGAGUCGUAUUUGGUGGUAUUUUCCGCAUUUGCGCCGUUCUUCGGAAAGCCUGUUGA